AUGGAAGCUGCAGCGUUGAAAUUGGAGUCCCUUGCGUGCAUAGACUCCACCACUCUCUCUCACUCCGAGCUUCUCGCCCUUUCUCUCUCCUCUUUCUGCACCUUCGACCUUCGCGCCACCAAUGACCUCGUCACUCCCAAGAUCGACCCCGCGCUCUUCAACGAGAGUGCCGGCUCCCGCCGCCAGACCUACUCCCGCCCCCAGUCCUCCCCGACGGGGCGCCGACGCCGACUCGCUGGCCUCCUCCCUGCUCCCAAGCUUCCUCCCCUCCCCGCCCAUGACCCCGAGAACGCCGAGAACCGCCUCAUCAUCGACUACCUGAAACAUCUGAUCAGAGAGGACCCCAAGUUCGACCAGGUCCACCUCGCUCCCCCUUCCCUUCCCCAACCCACCGUCAAGCGUAAGCGAGGCCGCAAGCCCAAGCUCAAACUCCACCUGGAACAUUGCUACCGCGGAAUCGACAUUCUUAACCGAAACGGCGUCGCCGUCGAUCUCUCGCAGUUGGCUACCUCCCAAGACCCCUUCGCUGACGAGCUGAAGAGACGCACCCAGGGUUUGCGCAACGAAGAGGAGCUGUUAGGGUUUUUGAGGGAUUUACCUGGCCAGUGGGGGAGCCGUAGGAAGAAGCGCAGGAUUGUUGAUGCUGCGGAUUUUGGCGAUGUUUUGCCGCUUAGUUGGAAGAUUCUUCUUGGUUUGAAGAGGAAGGACGGUCGUGCGUGGAUCUAUUGCCGCAGAUACAUUAGGUUUUGUUUCUUCUUCCUUUAUCACUUGGUGACUUUCUUUUUCGCUAUAACGCUAUUGUUCCUUAGGGCUCAUUGUUUAUUUGAUAUUCCGCCACGCAGCCCCAGUGGACAACACUUUGUAUCUUGCAAAGAGGUUUCUUCGUAUUUACAGUCUCUUCUGGGUAAUGGUGAUGCACAGUCCCAAAUUAGUCGUAGGAGUGAAAAUGUAGUGCAGGAACAGAGAGUGCCUGCUGAAAAUGUAAGUACACAUGUUGCCAUUGUUGAUUUUGUUAGGGAUGUGGCUCUUUGA